AUGAGUCGCAUAUCCCAGCCGCUCGGGAAUGUAAUCGUAAGUAUAACUAGUAUUUAAUCAUUAAUAUUCAACAACUCUUCUUUCUUCCCUUCUUUUGUCGGUUUCAGCUAACCAACCACCUCUAAAAAGAAAGCGUUUUUUCACAAAAAACGAUUUCAAUAAUGCAAUCGAAAAUAAACAGAGUACGAGUACCAGUGCAAAUAUCUCAAAUGAGGGUAAUUUAUUACAAAAAUUUUAACUGAAUACAAUUUUUUACUAAAUUUAUAUAAACUUUUGUUUCAGAAAUUAUGGAAACCUUGAAAGUGGUCCUAAAAACCCAAAAUGAAUUGAUAGAAGGCAUAAAUAAAAUUAACCAUAAUCAAACCACCAUUGUUCAAAACCAAAUCCAAAUCUACGAGGUAUUGGAACAGGUUCAGCAAAACGCCGUUAAUAAAAGUGAAAUGGAAGCGCAAAAUAUGAUGUUACGAGAAUGCAAGGUGGUAGCAAAGAAGAUUGAGAGGUCGGUUUGUCGAAUGACUGGAGAAAUUUCUGACAAAAAUUUAGAUGACAUCGCCAGUUCUCUGCCACUGCAGUCCGAUUGCGCUGUGGAUUUAAUGGAAACCAAGUUACGAGAUCCAGAGUAUGCACAAGCCAUGGUAAAGAAUUAUAUGAUGGAAUGCUUAUUUUACAUACUAAUUGCUGUACAUAUAUUUUCAAAAGGCCACAUAUAUCACAAAAUUAAAAGGUGUGUCUGA